CGGUUGCGCAGGGGCAGACUUUGUAGAGGAGGCGGAGCUUCGUCCUCCGCCGGCUGGAAAAGCGGUAGGUACGGCUAGUGGCGACAGCAGAAGCCAAGCCUUAGCCCUGCCGGGGCAGUGGGCUUUAGAUUCUUGUCUGACCAAAGUGACCUCAAAAAGGAGGGAAGAUGGCUUCUGAAUCUGAAACUCUGAAUCCCAGUGCUCGGAUAAUGACCUUUUACCCAACCAUGGAGGAGUUCCGGAACUUCAGUCGAUACAUGGCCUACAUUGAAUCCCAAGGAGCUCAUCGGGCUGGGCUGGCCAAGGUCGUUCCUCCAAAGGAGUGGAAGCCACGAGCAUCCUAUGAUGAUAUUGAUGAUCUGGUCAUUCCUGCCCCCAUCCAGCAGCUGGUAACGGGGCAGUCUGGCCUCUUCACUCAGUACAACAUACAGAAGAAAGCCAUGACUGUUCGCGAGUUCCGCAAGAUAGCCAAUAGUGAUAAGUGAGUGAAAACCUGUCCCU